UGAGUAUUCCUGAGUUCCUGAUCCUUGUGUUCACCCCUCCCCUGUCUGUAUGGUGUUUCCAUCUGCUCGCUGGCUGAGCCUAAUAAACUAUUGUCAAUUCCAUCUCUGAGUCCUGACGUCCGUGACAGAAGGCCAGAUCUACAAAACGAUGGAUUCAGCCAGCGGAGCCACCUCCGCUUCCUCUGUCACCCCCGCUCCCACCGCCACGGGAGACCCGUUCCAGGGUCUCGUCGAGGAGAUGCGUCGCGGUCUCCUCGCCGCAGUCAACACCAUGCCCGCUCCAGCGCCUGCUCCUGCCCCGGUCGCCCACACCGACCGAGCCGUGCGACCGCCUCCGUUCACCGGGACCUCCUCAUCUGCGUGCCGCGGAUUCCUGUUCCAAUGUGACCUCAUCCUGGAGAUGGAACCCAAUCGUUACCCCACCGAGAGAUCGAAGGUGGCGUUCGUCGUCUCUCUACUCCAGGGUAGAGCACUCCAGUGGGCAGAGUCCGUGUGGCAGCAGAGCGGGCCCAUCACUGCUUCCUAUGCUGCUUUUGUGCAGCACUUCAAGGAGGUCUUUGACGCACCACCAGGUGAUACUUCGACACAGGUGCGCCUUCUCCAACUUCGUCAAGGCCGUACGCCGAUUUUGGAGUAUACCCUGCAGUUCCGCACGCUGGGGGCCGAAAGUGGCUGGAACGAGGCGGCCCUGUUGAUCGUCUUCAGGCAAGGAUUAGAGCCAACCCUCCGACUCCAUCUCUCCGGUUAUGACGACUCGGUCGGGCUGGAACGUUUCAUCCAGCUCGCCAUUCGGGUCGCCAACCGCCGUGAACAUUGCCUACAAGACCAGCCACUGCAUACUGUCCAGUCCCGAGCGCUGCCCACCGCCCAGUUCCCUGCGCCAGCCCGGUACCCCGCCUACCAGGGAGAGGAGCCCGAGCCCAUGAGCGUGAACUCCCUGAGACUCACCCCUGAGGAGAGAAGCCGCCGCAUCACUCAGGGCUUAUGCCUUUACUGCGGAGCGCGAGGACAUGUCGUGGUGACAUGUCCUCUACGACCCCCACAAGCCCGGGUGAGUGCGUUUCAAGAAGGUGUCUUUGUCUGUAAACCUUUGUUGGUCCCGGUAACCCUGACUACUCCCUCUGGUUCCUUUCCAGCCAAGGCUCUCAUCGACUCGGGGUCCGAGAUGCUUCGGCCGGUGCCUGCCUGCUGUCACUCCACGCCGCACUGCUGCACGCCGCCAUUCCUCACGCUACGCACCUGUUCCUGCACGUAUUGGCCUGCACGCCACCUCCAUCGAGAGUCCCGUCGACCAGCUGCCGACUCUGCCUCCGCCCUGUUUGACCAUGUCUUCCGCCAUUUCGGUCUACCAGAGGACGUGGUCUCGGACCGUGGACCACAGUUCAUUUCCCGGUUCUGGAGAGCCUUUUUCUCGCGCCUAGGUGUGACCGUGAGCCUGACGUCUGGUUACCAUCCACAGACCAAUGGGCAGACUGAGAGGAAAGUGCAAGAGGUCAGCCGGUAUCUACGAACCUUCUGCCACAACCAUCAGCACAGCUGGAGCCAGUUUCUCCCUUGGGCCGAGUACGCACAGAAUUCCCUCCGUCAGGCCACUACGGGACUCACCCCUUUCCAGUGCAUACUCGGUUACUAACCACCACUGUUUCCCUGGACGUGCGAACCUUCCACAGUCCCCGCUGUUAACCACUGGUACCAGCAGAGUGAGAGGGUCUGGAACGAGGCACAUCACCACCUGCAGAGGGCAGUCCAACGCCAGGCUGA